GUGAGCAGGUUGGUGGGGCAGCAUGCAUCCAGGUUUUCAACCUUAACCCAUUUGUUUUGCAAGCAGUUUCUGGCACAUAUCGCCAGCUCUAUGGUGACAUGGAAGAAACAGUCCUCAGUAGGUAACAAUCUGACCUGGUGUUAACUAAACACCGCAUUUCACAGAUUACCGUCCUUGUACAGUACAGGUAACAUUUUCAUAUUUUAUCCAAUGCAAUGAUCCAUGGUACAAGCUAACUUCACAAAGUUUAACUCUCAGUUGCUACAGACACCUGGCCUAUAGGAAUUUUGUCCGGUGGUGCUGGGGGUACCUUGGCCGACACAUAAGGGUGGUGAUUCCCUCGUGUGCUGUUACCCGCAUCUGAGAGCAGUUCCCAGACAAUACUGGAACCUGUUCAGGCUUCCAACCCCCUCCCCUUGACUAAAAUAAACUAAAAUCACAGAUUGAAUGUGCUCUAAAUCGUGUGUUGAGCAACAGCUUCACUCUUGUCAGGGCUUUGAAACUGUGUGCAGAUAUGGUCAGGAACUUGCAAUCCUUUCAGAGAGUCCUGAAACAGUUGUAGCUCCUCCAAUACACCAUCAAAAAGCAGAUCCUGUAACCUGUCAACAUAUUCUGCCAAACAUGACAACAAAAUACAUUUUGUUUUAUUAGAUAGAUAGAUAAAUAGAUAUAUAUAGAGAGAGUUCUAAUAGCUUUGGAUGGAGGUAGAUAGAUGGCGUUCCAAUAGUUUUUCCACCAGAUGGAGAGAUGCCUGUCGCACCUGUUCGAGUGCCGUGCACACCGCGAUGACGUCAUUUUACCGCGUCAAGUCUUUCAGAAGGAAGGGACGCGCUGGCAUGAGGAAGAUGGCGUGCAAACGGCGUGUUGUUCAUGAGGAGAGUGAUGAUGAAGAUGGAAACUGUUUAUCUCCUGAGGAUGAGGACUCUGAGGAGGAGAGAAUCGACCCUGCUGAGGAUGACGUUGAAGACGCCGAGCACCAAACACACCCUACUGGACAACCAGCGAAGCGAUCUCGCCCGUGUCGCCGUUCGCCGUCUCCGCCUGCAGGUGAAACCGAGACGUCGUGGAAAACAGAACGAGAUGCCGACGAGGCUCCGGCCGCGAUGCGGUUUCAGCCUGCACGGUCGCCUGGAGUGCAGCUGAGUUCAGCAGACACAAACACGCCUCUGGACUUGUUCAAACGUUUCUUUGCUCCAGAUGUGGUGAACACGCUGUGCAGGAACACCAACAAAAUGGCCACCAAGAACGCCACCAGAGGGUGCAAGUACAAAUGGACCGACGUGACCACUGAGGAGUUUUACAAGUAUAUUGGAUUGGUUCUGUACAUGGCUGCCAUAAAGCUGGACCGCAUCUGUGAUUACUGGCGGCAGAACAGCAUUUUUUCCUUCGCGUACCCAGCAAUGGUUAUGGCGCGGGACAGGUACAGGACCAUCUCGUGGAACGUACACUUGAGCGAUCCAGACAAGGACCAAGAGAACGAUGGAUUGUUCCUGGUGAAACCUCUGAUGGAUGUGAUUCGGCUUGCCUGCAAAGCGUUCUAUCAUCCACGGAGAAGUCUCGUGGUGGAUGAACGAACGAAGGUGAAGCCCACAAAGUGUGGAUUCAGGUUGUUCACGCUGACCGAUUCCAGCAGCGGGUACAUAGUGGAUUUUGUUGCAUACACAGGAAAGGAAUGGUACCACACAGGGCGGGGACUCUCGUACGAUGCCGUGACGUCCCUCGUGAAUCGUUCCUUUUUGGGUUCUGGGUACCACGUGUUCAUGGAUGAUUUCUAUACGAGCCCAAAACUCUUCAGGGAUCUGCACUCUCAAAGUUUUGGUGCUUGUGGAACGUACCGGGAACACAGGAAAGGCUGUCCACGCGCUACAUCCAAUGCUCUGACUAAGAAGUCGGGAAGAGGAUCCAUCAGGUGGAUCAGGGACGGUCCUGUGGUGUUUGUAAAGUGGAUGGACACGGACGAAGUCUCGGUUUGCUCCACGAUCCAUGCAGCCUUCACUGGAGACACGAUCAAGUGCGAGGUGAAGGGUAAAAACAGGACGUGGACGACUGCAACGUUUUCGUGCCCGUCUCCUGUCUCGCAGUACCGUGAACACACGGAGGCCGUGGACUCUUCUGACCAGCUGACCCGAUAUUACACGACGCAGCACAAGACGCUCAAAUGGUACCGCAAAAUGUUUCUGCAUUUUCUGGACAUCGCCACCUUCAAUGCCUACGUCUUGCACAAAGAGCUUGCGUUACAACGACAGGAAGUAAUCUUGAGCCACAAAGCGUUUACAGAGGAGCUGAUCGCGCAGCUGUGCGGCGGGAUGCCGCAGACGCCUCCUGUGGAACCUGAGACCUGCGACCACAUACCUGUUCCGGUGUUGGUUUCGGACGUCGGAACGGUCGUGUCGUCUGGACGCAGAAGCUGCGUUCUUUGCAGUAAGAAUCUAGGCAGGAAGUCGUCGAGCACUCCGUGGAAGUGCAAAGCGUGUGGCGUCCCACUUUGCCUCCAGCUGACCCGGAACUGUUUCCAGCUCUGGCACAAAGACCAAGUCUGAGAAAUUCAACUCGACCUUCACGUUAGCUCGGCUAGUUUUUAUCAGUUCUGCAUUCAGGCAAGUCCUAAGCAUGUUUUUGGACAAACCUGCUCCAUGUCUCAUGCUAAUGUGACAUCAUGGUUCCACAGGGCUAACGAUAAUAUGGUACUAAUCUACAGCUGCCCACCUAGCAUGUUUAAAACAAAAUUAUAAUAAUUUUGUUACCUUAUGCAUUAUGUAGUCACACAAGAUUUAGCAUUAGGGAUGUCAUUAUUUUCAUGCAGUAAACUUUAUAUUCUCUCUUGAGUUUACUGAGCAGUUCCUUCCUUCCAGGAAAUAAAAACUCAGUUACUGUACAUUUUAUUCACUGGAUAAGAGUUAGCAAAUGUAGUGUAUUGUUUGUAAUAAAUGCGCCACAAAAAAACAGUCUCGGUCUGAGU